AGCUGAAGCUGCUGCAGUUUUACACUCGCAAAAUCACUCCCUCCCCUCCUCCCCACUGCUCCUCUGAGUGAAACAGCUAUACACUUGCAAAAUCACUCCUUCCUCUCCUCCGUUCUUACUGCUUACUGUAACAGCUCUGGACGUUUAUAUCCCCCUCUCCCUCCUGGCUCCUCCGCUCUCAUUACAACAACAAUAACAACAUGGAGGUGGAGAAAAGAAGUGCGCUUGCUCGCUGGGGCUGCUGUGGCUGCUGGCACGUAGGAAAUGCUGCUCAGCCAAUCACUGCCCAACCGAGGGAGGAGAGUUUUAAUAAUUAUGAGAUGGGAUCGGUCGAGGUCGUGCACAGGGAGGGUGGCUGAACUCUAUGCAGCCCUGAGUUUUGCGGGUAAUCGUGACAUCAUCGCCCCCCCCCCCCCCAAUGCUGCUGAUAACAGGCUGAAUGGGAGGUCGCAAAUUAUGACAAUACUGGAACUACUAAACUUCCUGUCUGACAGAGGAAUGCAGAAAAAGCUGGUUUCCAUUCAGCAUUGGUAAUGAUUCUAAACAACGAACAACGCACAAGUUUUCCUGCUGAGGAAAGGCUGGAUAGAAGACCGUGUAAAGAUUAGUUUUGGGUGUUGCUGAGUUUAGGGUGCUGCAGAAAUGAAACGCUUUCUGAGGUCUGGACAAGACUCUGUGAGGGAGAGACUGAAAAGGGACCUGUUCCAGUUUAACAAGACCGUCGAACACGGAUUUCCUCACCAACCUAGUGCCCUGGGGUUUAGCGACUCUCUUCGUCUCAUGGCGAUUGGAACCCGUUCUGGAGCCAUUAAGUUAUAUGGUAGUCCUGGAGUUGAGUUCAUGAAUUUGCAUGAACAGAAUAAUGCAGUGAUAAAGGUCAGCUUUGUUCCAAACCAGUGCCAACUUAUUACACUGCUGGAUGACAACAGCCUUCACUUGUGGUCACUGAGAGAGCAGGAUGGGGUGUCAGAACUGCAGGAGGAGAAGAAGUUCACUCUUCGAGGACCACCUGGCCUUUCCACAGGUGCACCCGUUAAUCUACAUCACGAUCUCACUUCCGGAACCUCCGAAACGAAUAGGCGUUCCUCAACCAACUGUUUAAUUCAAUCACCCCCUAGUGAAACACAAAUUAAGGUGCUCCUUGCACACUCAUCUGGAGAAUGGCUGUAUGUGGGCUCAGAAGGAGGCAGUGUUUUUACCCUUACACUACCAUUUUUGCAAGUCUUAGAGGAGAAAACAGUGGGGCAUAAAAUGGCCUUACAUGGUCUUCCAGAUGAGUAUGCUAGUAGACGCCUCUUUGAAUCAGUGGAAGCUUUGCAGGAACAUCCGAAGAACCCAGACCAAAUCCUGAUUGGAUACAGUCGUGGACUUAUGAUGGUGUGGGAUAUAACAGCGGGCCACAGUGUACAGCACUUUCUUGGCACCCAGCAAGUGGAAAAUAUAUUCUGGUGUCAGGAUGCACAGCAACUCGUAAGCUGUCACAGUGAUGGCGGGUACAGUCAGUGGGAAACAACCGGCAAAUUUAUGCAACAGUCUCCCAUGGAGACUAAAGUGCCAUAUGGUCCCUUUCGCUGUAAAGCAAUCCGUAAAAUAACGUGGUUGACAUCACGCAGAGGGUCACCAUAUAUUGUGUUUCAAGGUGGCAUGCCAAUGGCAAGUUAUGGAGAUAGACACAGCAUCACUGUAGUCCAUGGUAGCCAACAAACAGCUUUUGACUUCACUUCUAGGAUAAUUGACCACAUGGUAAUUUGUAACUCUAAUCCUUCCGCUGACUAUGAUGACCCACGUGCCCUGCUGGUUCUUGCAGAAGAAGAGCUAGUAGCCAUAGAUCUUCAAACAUCUGGUUGGCCAGUAAUUCAGUGUCCUUACCUGGUUUCCUUACACUGCUCAGCAAUCACUUGUUCUUACCAUAUCUCUUCUAUUCCUCUGAAGCUGUGGGAAAGAAUGAUCAGUGCAGGCAGAAAACAGAACACACAUUACUCCAACAUGCCAUGGCCAGUUGAUGGGGGUAUCAACUUGGCUGAAGCGCCAAGACAAAGGGAUCUGCUGUUAACAGGCCAUGAGGAUGGCACUGUGCGUUUCUGGGAUGCAUCUGGGAUUUGCCUUCAGCUAAUGUACAAAUUGAGCACAGUGGGAGUCUUCCAGACUGACAUGAACCAAAAUGAAAAUCUGAACUCCCAAGGAGAGGAAGACUGGCCCCCACUGAGGAAAGUUGGCUGUUUUGAUCCAUACAGUGAUGAUCCCCGUCUGGGAAUUCAGAAGAUUUACCUUUGUAAAUAUAGCGGCUACUUAUCUGUAGGUGGGACUGCUGGACAGGUCCUUGUUUUUGAGUUGAAUGAUGAGGUUUCACAACACGCAGUGGACCAUACCCUGGUGGAUCUGUUACAGGAGCAGGAAGGAUAUCGUUGGAAGGGCCAUGAGCAGCUUUAUGCACGACGAGAUUCAGUGCGCUUUCCCCCUGGGUUUCAGCCUUCUGCCUUAGUACAAUGCCAACCACCUGCUGCUGUCACUUCCUUGACACUGCAUUCAGAAUGGAGGUUGUUAGCAUUUGGCACCAGUCAUGGCUUUGGAGUAUAUGAUUUUCAGAGGAAGUGUCAAGUGAUGGUUAAGUGCACGCUACAUGUCAGUGACCAGCUUGCUCUGGAAGGGCCUUUGUCCCGCGUGAAAUCACUAAAAAAAUCUUUGCGCCAAUCUUUUAGGCGCAUCCGGAGGAGCCAAGUCAAUAAGCGAAGGGAUGGAGUUGCAACUAAAGUGCAGGAAGCAAAUGCCCGCUUACAGCAAGAAGCUCUGCAUGAGAUGGAGCUGGCCCCUGUACAACGCAAGGUCGAGGCUCGAUCUGCAGAAGAUUCCUUCACUGGGUUUGUGCGCACACUGUAUUUUGCGGACACCUUCAUCCGUGACAGCAUCCGGCAUUGUCCCUCAUUAUGGGCCGGUACUAAUGGUGGCACAGUGUAUGCUUUUUCUUUGCGUGUCCCUCCAACUGAGAGAAGGAUGGAGGAAGCAGUGUCUGCAUCACAGAUCAAAGAAAUCCAACUUAUGCACAGAGCACCUGUAGUUGGGAUUCUUAUUCUGGAUGGCCACAGCAUUCCCCUCCCAGAACCUCUCGAGGCUGCUCAUGACCUUUCAAAAAGCCCAGAUAUGCAAGGCAGCCACCAAUUAAUUGUCAUAUCUGAAGAACAGUUUAAGGUGUUCACGCUGCCAAAAGUGAGCAGUAAAUUAAAGUUGAAAUUGACAGCCACAGAAGGUUGCCGGGUGCGUAAGGCUGCAGUGUGCAUGUUUGCAAACUGUCAAACAGAGGACCAUAGUGAAAAUCACUUAACAGUUCUUACCAACCUAGGAGAGAUACAGGUAGUUUCACUACCUCACCUAAAACCACAAGUACGUUAUGACUGCAUCCGGAAGGAAGAUGUGAGUGGAAUAGCAUCCUGUGUGUUCACAAAAUCUGGUCAAGGGUUUUACCUUAUAUCUCCUUCGGAAAUGGAGCGUUUCUCACUGUCCACAUGCUGGCUUAUUGCUCCUCGAUGUAAGGUCAAUCAAUCAGAAGAAACUGUGAAUGAAAGACCCUGGAAACAUGACAGCACAAAAAGGCAAAAUGAAAGACCUAGGGUAUACAGCAGUAGUGAUUCCAGUACAGAUGGACAUAUAUCCCGAAGGCGGGUGAUGGAACAUGCAUUGUUGAAUGAUGAAAACAUGCUGAAAGAGAUCCAGAGAACUCUGGAAGGUUCUCAGAUGAGUCAUGGGGAAAGGAAAUCCCAUCAGAUCGCUAUAGGAGGCAGGCUUAGUAAUGGAACAGCAGAAUGAUAUUCCUCCCAACAUGCUGAUGUUUUGGUUCCCGCUGAACACUACUGACCCAAGUCCUUUGAACGAGAACAAGCUACAAGAUAAUAUGAAUUUCUCCAUGAUGUGGACUCUCUCUGGCCAUAUAUCAUCCAAUCUGCACAAAACUCUUUAGCUACAGGUUAUUUUCUAAAGGAAAUAAUUUUAAUUGUAAAUUUUACUGCCUUAUUCCCUUCCCUUUUGGCAUUUCUUGAAGAAAGAUGGACACAAAAUAAUGGUUGUCCUCAUUAUUUUAAUGUUUAGUUUUAAUGUUUUACAUUAUAUUGAAAAAUUUUAAGAUCAAUGUUUUAUAUGAUGUCGGGUGUCUUAAAUUUAUUGGGCUGUUUUGCUUCCCAGUGAUUGGGCUGCUAUGCAAUCUAUUUUUGUAGAAAAAAAGAGAUAUUUUGGUUGCCUUGUAUACCAAUAAACUAUAUGU